CUUAGCCCUUACCCGUUUGCCACUUACCACCCGGUGACUCUAUCUCUGUCUCUCUCGAUCCCGGCGAAAUCCAAGCGUAGAAUAUCAGGCGACCGGCGGCAGGCGGCAGCUUAUUUCCACUGUUUUAGCUGAUGGGAUUUGGCAAUAGAGGAAUCGUUGCUGACAAAUGGUCAGGAAGGCUUUUAUGGGUCUGUGCAAUUGGAAGUGCUAUUGGUUUCUAUAUGGUUGCUGUGGAAAGACAAACUCAGAAUAGAGCAAAAAUGAUGGCUGAAGCACUGGCGGAUGCAGGAUCAAGUAUAGAUACCAGAGAGAAAAGUUGAAUAUUAUGGGACUUAUAAUGCUAAUACAUUUCCAUUAGGCGUCUUUUCUUAUCGUUUGGCAGGAAAACUAUUCUGUUGUAAUAAGUACUCGCGAUCCGAAAAGACAUUGCUGAACAAGAGUUAUCUAUACGAUCAAUACUACGUGUAAUCGUUCAAAAAAUGGAAUUACUAGUCUGAAAAGUAAGACAAGUUAUCUGUUGCGACAUAUUAAAGUACAUUGAUGGUGUAUAAUCCCUUCAAACUGUCGAUGUAUACAAGUUAAACUAUUUGACAAGGAAAAA